AUCUCUGUUGUACUUCAUCAUGUUUGAAAGCUGCAUGGCAAGCAGUUGAUUCAAGACAGCAUCACACAGUGUGUCACGUACGGCAGUGCUCAUGCCAUCUGCAUUCGUCAUCGGCUGUUAUCAUCAUAGUGUUUUCCCGCAAAGCUAAAGAUUAAAAAUAGAACACCACUGGUGCAGAAAUAGGUCGACCAUGCGUGGGUUGCUUUCAGGAAAUAAUAUAGGGACCUCGGUGUCCUUGGCUUAAUUUGAGCCAACUCCUAAACAGGAUGCGUGCACUGAGGCCAUCGAAUAUAGUCAAUGUUCUUUGAACUAUAUUUCAGUGCAUGCUGCCAGCUGCAGUCCUGUAACUCCAGGUGAUGAUACUACGAAUAGAAGAACUGUACACAUAAAGCGCUUUAAUUCUGUUUUGAUAACAAUUUACUGCUUUUAGGUUUUGUCUUCUAGGCAUCAUACACGUUAUACUAGGCCUUGACCUAUGACCAGUUUCAGUUUAUGGCGGCAAAUUGACAGUCAUCUGCUUCCACGGAUGUACAAGUUCGUGGUCUGUCUGCUCUGUUUAUUUGUGGAGUGAUCAGCGAACCCAGUUUAUGUGAAGUGUAACCCUGCGAUUCGGUCUGGUGGACAGCAUCAUGGAACGGUCCCGAAGAAGCCGCAGGUCUUCCUCGACCAUUGCUGCCACUACACGAACACCAAACACCGCCGACAGCAUCGGUAUUUCUUGAGAUCCAUAAAUUCACUUUUGGCUGGAUGAAUCUUUGAAAGUGACCCUGACUACUUGGAUAAUUAUCUGGGAUUAGUUCACACUGCCUAGUAUAUCUGGAUUGCAGACGAAAAAAGCGAGAAGCUCAGCUUGGGGGUAAUCAGGAAGGGAGGAAACCUAUGCUGUCAGAUGAAGAGCAUCGCAAUCGUAUCCUUACUCUCAGAGUCAAACAAGAUGGUGCUGCACUAAACGUAAAGUCUAUUAAUUUAAACAAGAAAAGCAAUUCUGAUAAGCACUUCACUUCAGACUAUGAGGUAGAAGACCUUGUUGUACGCCGUGGAAAGGCAUUUGAUAUCACAAUUUUAUUUGAUCGAGAGAUUGACAAGGAAACAGAUAUCAUAUCAUUGCAGUUUGUUGUUGGGUCACGUCCCCAAGAGAGCAAAGGGACACUACUACGACUCAAAGUGGAUCUAAAUAAUCUUGUGAGAAGAUACACCCAGUCUGGUCUCUGGUCCACACAUGUCAGUGAUGUAAGGGAGCAAGAACUGGAUGUAACUGUUCUACCUUCUGCCAACACCAUCAUUGGGAAGUAUAAACUUUAUGUGGAAAGCUCAGUCAGAGGCAAAGACGGAGAAUACAGGCGCUAUGAGCUAGAGGAUAAUGACAUCUACAUCAUCUUCAAUCCAUGGUGUUUGGAGGAUGUUGUGUAUAUGGAGGACCCUAAACAAAGAGAAGAAUAUGUACUGAAUGAAAAGGGACGCAUUUGGGUCGGCACCAUCAACAAUAACACUGGUCGACCGUGGAAUUUUGCACAAUUUGAUGAUCCAUGCCUGGAGGCAGCUUUCUUUUUGUUAGACAAAGCAGAGCUGGCUGAUGCAGCCCGUCGGAGUCCUGUUUCAGUAGUUCGAGCAGUGUCUGCAUUGGUCAACAGUAAUGAUGAUGAUGGUGUGCUGGAAGGCAGGUGGACACAAGACUACCCCAAGAACACCACACCACCAUGGGCGUGGACUGGCAGCAAGGCCAUCCUAGAGGAGUUCAUGAGAAACAAUAAGCCAGUGCAGUAUGGACAGUGCUGGGUUUUCUCUGCUAUUGUUACUUCUAUCCUACGAGCUCUUGGUGUUCCCACUCGAUCUGUAACCAACUUUCAGUCUGCUCAUGAUACGGACAGCAGCAUGACCAUUGACGAUCAUUUUGAUGAGUAUGGUGAACCAAUACUCUGGAUGAAUGAUUCAAUCUGGAACUUUCAUGUAUGGAAUGAAUCUUGGUUCCGUCGUCUGGACCUUCCAGACGGUUAUGAUGGUUGGCAGGCGCAUGAUGCAACGCCGCAAGAGCUGAGUGAAGGUGUGAUGAGAUGUGGACCAGCGGCACUGAAAGCCAUUAAAGAAGGACAUGUAUACCUCAGCUAUGAUGUCCCUUUUAUCUUCAGUGAGGUCAAUGGAGAUCGCAUCCAUUGGAAGGUCUAUGAAAAUGGAGAAAUGGACGUUAUCUCCAUAGACAAACAUGCAGUUGGAAAGAAAAUUAGCACAAAGGCAGUGGGCACUUAUGACCGUCUAGAUAUAACAGACCUUUACAAGUAUCCAGAAGGUUCUGCUGAAGAGAGGCAAGUGGUAGAAUUUGUCAACAGGUACAGCACAAGAGUUGGCGAAGAUAUUUAUCAUGAAGAAAAAACAACCGAUGUAUCAUUUAGCAUUAGUGUUCCUGAGGACACUCAGGUUGGCAGUGAUGUUACUGUCUCACUGAUAAUUAAAAACACCAGCACAGAAGUGCGAAGUGUUCAUGGACGUAUGACCAUUCUGUCUUCAUUCUACACUGGAAUUCCAGCAAAAAGAUUGGAAAGCAGGAGCUAUCACAAUGAACUCCUUGCUGGAGAAAAGAAGACACUGGAGUUAAACCUCAGCAGAAAAGAAUACCAGAGCAAGCUAAAUCCUGAGGCUAGUUUCCAGCUGUGUGUGUUGUUCACAGUGGAUCCCACUGGCCAAACCUUUGUGUCCAGUCAGGCUUUUACCCUUUCUAAGCCUUCCCUACAAAUUACAGUUCCAGAUUAUAUUAAAGCUGGCACUUCAUACAGAGGAACCAUCUCAUUCACCAAUCCAUUGACUAUUAAUCUAAUAAAUGGAGUUUUUCAUCUUGAAAGUUCUUCUCUUUUGUCUGCCUAUAAGCAUGAGUUCAGGAAGCCAAUAAAACAGCAAGAGACUGUUAUGUUUCAUUUUGAAUUCAAAGCUCUUCGAGAAGGACUCAGGGAAAUUGUGGCCACUUUUAGUUCUGAUCAGUUGGGUGGUGUGGAUGGCAGUAUUGAGUUUGAAGUCUUUCAAGACAUAGAGCCAAUGAAUACUGAUAAGUAAACUUUUGUUUGAAGUGGUGGCAGCACUCUGCAUGUGUCAAACCAAAACAAAAAGUGUUUGAGAUCAUGGUGGUACUGUAUAAAAUAGAAAUGCAUGAAAUGGGACUGUUCGUGCUGUUGUUUUGUAGUGAAAUAUUUUGUUAAUUUUAUAUAUUCAAUUAAGCAUACACAUGACACACUGUAUACAAAUAUUGUAAUUAUCUUGUUAGAUGCACAAACAAUGUUGCAUCUAUUUGAGUUUCAAGAUACUUUUGAUUAUUUGACUAUUUCUAUACCUGACUGCUUCUUUGGUGAAAGUAUUAUAAUAUUCAUGCAACUUUUGUGGUUUCUUUUUCCUUUUGGAGGAAGAAAUUUAUGCAGCAUGGUAAUAUUUGUUACAAAGGGUCAUUUUACGUUUUCAGCAAUGCUUGCUGCAGGAUGUUUUAUUUCCCUUUGAUUUUCUUUUUUGUCUUGGUGUCUGAAAACUGCAAUUAUUUUGCUCACCCUCUGCUGUGUGUCACUGUCCUGUAUAUAACGCCCUUCUUUUUGCAAUUUGACAAAACCACUUAUGCUGUACUCAGUUUUAUUUAUCCCUGUUUUUAAGUUACUUUAUUUUUUUUAAAUUAUAAAAGCAUCCCUUGAUUAAAGACAUAAAUUUAUCAAUUUUACCCUUAAGUAUUUUCAUGAAUGUAUCAUAAAACCUGCCAUUUUCAGCAGCACAAAAAAAUUCCAGAAAUUUUGUGGCUUAAAAAUAACUGAUGGAAUGUACAUUAUGUCCAUUUUUUGAAGAAGGAAGAUAAAUUCAAGUUACAAACUGAAUGCAGACACAGCAGCAUUGUAUAAACAUUUUUAUUUUAUGCAGGAAGCACUAGUAAAACAUAUUUUUUUAGAUUGAUAACAGUAAACAGAAGUACCUGUU